AUGCGCAUUCCCAUCCUGCCCACGGCACUAGCCCUGGCGUGCUACGCGCACCUGACAUGCGCGCUUCUCACGCUUCAGACGAUGAGGAAUCUUACGGUGAUUACGGAUGAGUGUAGGGAACAUAUUGUUGACGGAAGUGAGACGUUGGGUGAAGUCGAUGAGAUGGCGAGGGCCCUAAUGGGGGAUCAGAGGUUGUUGAGGGGUGGGAAUGAAGAUGAGCAUGGGAUGGAGGUUGAAGAUUCAAGGCCCUGGCAUGAGGGGGCCCCGAAUCUGUGUCUGAUACCAGACUUUGCCUUGAGAUUCUUGCUAAUCAUACGAUUCCGACAGACAAUAGCAGCUUCCCUCCACCUCCUCUGCUCUUUCCUCCUGGCAGAACUAGAAAAGCCUCUUGAUCUAACUUUGGAGCCUCCCGAACAAAACUGCACCGUCACAACCACCCAAUAUCACGCCUUCCUCUAUUCAACGGCAAACUUUCUCCUUCCGAUCCAGGAACGGCAGAUGAAGUACCGCUGGACGUCCCAGAGUGCCGUGUUUGAGAAUUUGGGGUGGUUCCAGGCGCUGUGGGCUAGUAGGAAGACUAAUUCCCAAGACAGAAGUUUUAUUGAGCAACAGAUUGAGCUGUAUAAGGAGGGGAGUUGCUUUGAGAAAAACGAGGUGCUGAGACGGGGGGUGGAGGUGGUGGAGUGGCUUAAUGAUUUGAUUGAUAUGUUUGCUUGA